AUGGCGAAAUCUACUCUAACAGACAUAUCAAAGAUUUCUUGUAAGGAUACUUAUCUAUGUGAAAUGACAUUUGGAUUUAUUGGACUGGGUAACAUGGGAUCGAGGAUUGUUAAAAAUCUAAUGAGUUCUGGGCAUUCAGUGGUUUUAUGGAAUCGAUCCAAGGAGAAGUGUAAACAAUUUGAAGAUCUUGGUGCUAUUUGUGCAUUAACUCCAUCUGAUGUAGUUUCUCGUUCAGAUAUAAUAUUUUCUUGUGUUUCCAACCCAAAAGUUGCUAAAGAUUUGGUACUUGGAAACGGUGGAAUACUUGCUGAAAUAAAGAAAGGGAAAUCAUUUGUGGAAAUGACUGGUAUUGAUCCAAAAACAUCUAACGAUAUUAAUGAGGCUGUUACAAAAAAGCAAGGUCGUUAUAUGGAAGCUGUGAUCCAAGGAAGUAUAACUGAAGCAGAAUCUGGAAAUUUAGUUAUCAUUGCUGCUGGAAAUAAAGAAUUAUUUGAUGAUUGUCAGUCAGUAUUUUGUGCCAUCGCUAAAAGUUCAUUUUAUAAAGCUGACAUUGGGUAUGCUACUAAGAUGAAUUUGAUUUUAAAUACGAUGAAAGCAAUAUCUAUUAUAGGAAUGGCUGAAGCCAUGGCUUUAGCUAACACAGGUGGUAUGGAAUUAAAAGAUGUGAUAGAUAUUUUAGGAUUUACAUCAUUUAAUAGCCCAAUAUUGCUAGAAAAUGGACAAGCAAUAGUAGACAAAAAUUCCCAAAAAGAUCAUACUUUAAAACAUCUACAAACGGAUAUAAACCUAAUACUAAAUUGGUCAAAUACGUUGCAAACAACGUGCCCAGUUCUGGCCACUAUCAAAGAAUUCUUAAAAGGUACAAUACGUCUGGGUUAUGGUGACUUCAACAACACAUCAAUAUGCUUUAGAACCGAAGAUUAUUUAAAAUAA